AUGGCGGAAGUCCCACAACAUACAGCUGCUACUGGCAGUCACAAAGCCAUAACUGCAGCAGAGCUGAUGAACCUGCGCUUUGUUGCUAACGGAUCCCAGCCACCUUCGCUCAUCAUCCGUCAUGGAUCCGUCCUGUCGUCGUUCACGGGCGAAUUUCUUCCACGUGAUGUGGUGAUAUUCGGGAGACAUAUCGCUGCGAUUACAUCCUGGGAUCAUUUUCCUCCUGCUCUGGGGGCCACAGAGAUCGACGCCGGAGGUAAAUUUGUGACUCCUGGAUUUAUCGACGCACAUAUACAUAUAGAGUACACAAAACUCGUGCCUGGGGAGCUGGCAAGGCUAAGCGUGCCCCGAGGAACAACAACUGUUCUGGCAGAUGCAAACUGUAUUGCCAAUGUACUUGGUGAAAAGGGGCUUGACUUCAUGGGACAAACAACCACGCCUCUGCGGAUUUUCAGACAGGUCUCUCACAAGGUGCCUGGUAGUUCAGCCGAUCUUGAGUUAGGUGGAGCCUCUCUCGCCACAUCAGAGAUAUGCCGGCGGGUAGGCCUGCCGGAGGCCGUCACGCUUGGGGAAUCCAACCCUUUUUCCUUGGAUUUUGCUUCGGCCGAGAAGCAAGCUGCGGCGCUACAGGCUGGAAAACGUAUUACGGGACAUACGGCUUUGCUAAAGAAUGAACCCCUCUGGGCUUAUGCUGCGGGAGGCAUUGGAGACGACCACAAUGCCUACAAGACAGAAGAUGUCGUCGAGAGACUGAGACUCGGCUUGAUGCUGACUGUGAUGAGUGGAAGUAUGAACUCAAAUAUUGAGAGCGUGUUUAGUGACAUCGAAGGCCUUAAGGAUGGGCUGGCACACAUCUCAUUCUGUGCUGAUGACAAAUUGGUGGAAGAUCUCGAUGCAACCGGUCAUAUUGAUAGACAUGUCCGCGAAGCAAUUGAGCUUGGAGUCCCGCCGAUAAAAGCAUAUCGUAUGGCGACGUUGAAUCCCGCUCUUUAUUACAGAAUUGAUCAUCUCAUGGGCAGCAUUAGUCCGGGAAAGCUGGCAGAUAUUCUCAUUCUUGACAAGCUGGAAGAAGCACGCCCUGGAACAGUGAUUGUCGAUGGAAUCGUGGUUGCCAGAGACAACAAGGCGCUUUUCGAGAACGGCGAUUCCAUUCCUUUAUUCACAACAAAUACAAUACAUCUCAACCCGAUAUUCUUCUCGGCAGAGGCAUACUCGGUGAAAGCACCGGGUCAAAAAUGUUAUGCAUGGAUCCAAGCCAUGGAAAUGUAUGACGGCUAUUUCAAGCGUGCCUUCCAUGCACGUCUUCUAGCCGACACGUCUAGCAACCUAUUAUGCAACCUCGAGCUCGAUAUCCUCAAAGUCGUCGUAGUUGACCGCCACCACAACACAUCCAACAGGGGUAUCGGCUUCGUGCGUGGCUUUGGGCUGAAACGCGGUGCAAUUGCCUGCACGACUAAUUGCGAGAACCAGAACCUCGUCGUGAUCGGUACAUCAGACGUCGAGAUAGCAUUUGCUGCCCAGUCUAUUGCCCAGCUUGGUGGGGGUUGUGUCACUGUUGCGGAGGGGAAGGUGCUUGCGUCUGUCAAGCUGGAUGUAGCUGGGUGUAUGAGCUCAGAAAAGUGGGAGGUAGUGCGGGAUCAAUCACUGCUCUGUGACGAGGCGGCGCGUUCCUUAGGCUGUACUAUCACUGCGCCGUUCCUCAUUGCGAGCUUUGUUGGACUUAAUGGCGUGCCGGACCUAGGUCUCACUGAGAAGGGUUUGAUUGAUUGCCAGGCACAGGAAUUGAUUUCGGUUGUAUUAGAUGAAACGGUGCCCGAGGAAUAUCUCCGAUCAAGUGGAAAGGAGACAUUACACGAGUAUUCAGUAUCAGCACCAGUCAAAGUAUGUUGUCGUUGUCCGAGUCAUCAGAGCGACAUUCAUAGUCGCAUCGCAGCCACCGUUGCUUUCUCGUAA